AUGGGACGAAACCCGUCCAUCAUUGAGUUGGUUGAUCGGACGUAUAGACGUUCUGAUGGUCGGUUUGUCGAUCCUCGAGCUGAACGGGUGUUGAGACUGGUGAACGAGAAGUUAUCACAACUCACCCAAAUAGCGGCUGCCAGUUCAUCGUCGGGUACUAACUUGUCUCCUACUGAUCAAGACAAGUGUUAUGUUGAGUCUAUUGAGCAGAACAAAGGCCGCAUCUACGGUUUAGGAGGCCUCCAGAGAGAUUUGCUGCAAGAUUUUGGAUCGCCGGUUCGUGCGCAAGUACAGAUCGAUACCGACCAACAACGUCGGAUAGAACAACUUGAACGAUCGCUACAACAUCAGAAGGAAGAGACGGAGCGGCAGAUGGCGGAACAACAGGCGAAGAUAACUAAUCUCGAACACAUGAUCAAGCUGCUUAAAGGAGUUCAUCCUCCACCUCCCUCAACGACACCUUCAGCCGACGGAACCUCCAGCGCUCGAACUCCCGGAACCACCGAAGAUGAAAAAACCGAAAGUUUGAAUUAG